AGAGAGAGAGAGAGGAGAGAGUGAAAUCAGCAGUAAUGCGUUUUGUUUGUUUUAUAUUCAUCAAAGAGAUAGCUCAUAGCAUAGCAUUAAUAAUGAUGAUGUAUUCCUUUCCCUCCUCGCGCCCACUGAAAGCUGAAAACCUUCGUCUUUCCUCCGAGAAAUCCAGCUUCUAGCUCUUCAGAGAGGAAGUGACUGUCUUGGGGAUUAUUCCUAUACAUUUAUUUUCGUUUAUCUUCAAAUAGAAAUUGCUAAUCUGUCCCUCGGUCUCUAUCUCUCUCCUUUUCUGGUUUGUGUUAAAGUUGAGAAUUUCUGGGUUUCCAAAUGACAAGUUGGCGGAGAGUAUUGGAGUCCGUACAGGCCGUGGCAGCCCAUGGCGUCCUCUUGUGCUUUACGCUUUUGUUCGUCUUCAAGCUCGACCAUGUCGUCUCCUACUCCUGGUGGAUUAUUUUUUUCCCACUUUGGAUAUUUCAUGCAGUUGUUGCCCGAGGGAGAUUCUCAUUACCUGCUCCAUCAGUUCCACAUAAUCGUAAUUGGGCACCAUGCCAUGCAAUUGUUGCGACACCAUUGCUUGUAGCGUUUGAAUUACUCCUUUGUGUAUAUCUUGAGAGCAUUUAUGUUCAUGGUUUUGCAGCUGUAAACUUGAAGAUGGUCUUUCUUCCCCUACUGGCACUUGAAAUAAUUAUUCUGGCCGAUAAUUUCAGAAUGUGCAGGGCUUUAAUGCCUGGAGAUGAAGAAAGCAUGAGUGAUGAGGCUGUAUGGCAGACGCUUCCUCACUUUUGGGUAGCAAUAUCCAUGGUCUUCUUUGCUGCUGCUACAGUCUUCACCCUCCUGAAGCUGAGUGGUGAUGUGGGUGCUCUUGGCUGGUGGGACUUAUUUAUAAAUUUUGGUAUUGCAGAAUGCUUUGCCUUUCUUGUUUGUACGAAGUGGUCUAAUCCGAUGAUUCAUAGUAACUCUCGCACAAGGGAAGCUAGUUCAUCUUCUGCGACUAUCAGAUAUCUUGACUGGCACAGUGGUUUAGUAGUCUCUCCAGAGGACGAACAGCAGGAAGAUAGAAUGUGCAGUCUGCAGGACAUUGGUGGUCAUAUCAUGAAAAUUCCAGUGAUUGGUUUUCAAAUCCUCCUUUGUAUGCGCUUAGAGGGAACACCUGCUGAUGCUAAGCAUAUACCACUGCCAGUUCUCUUCUCUCCAGUUUUUCUCCUGCAAGGUGUUGGUCUACUACUUGCUGCCUCUAGGCUGGUGGAGAAAAUUGUACUCUUACUUCAUAGUGGAGCUGGCACAGGAUUAUAUUUUAGAUUUUCUGAAAGAGCUCAUGACUGCUUGGGCUUCUUGCACCAUGGUUCCAGGCUCUUGGGUUGGUGGUCAAUUGAUGAAGGUAGUCGAGAAGAACAGGCCCGGCUUUUACAGCAGGGGGCUUCUGGUUUUAUUAAGUGCAGUAUGUUACUAUAUAUAAGAGAAAGAACCAGAUUUGGAAGAAAAGAGAAAACAAAAGUGUUGACAUCUAGAAAUAAAGAGUUUUUAGCAAUAUGGUUCUAAGGUCAAGCAACAUUCUUCAAAGGGAAGGCCAAACUUGGGUUGGGCCGCUUAAGCCCGAAAUGGAGACCGAAGCUCCAUUGGCCUGUGUUUGAGAAGGGCUCCACUUCUGGGCCAGUUUCAUGGUCCAACGGAAGUCCUGGACCAGAUAAGACCCUUAUCUCAAAGCCGGUAACCUCCGUCGUCGAUCACGACCCCUACGCAGGCAUUCCUUCGUAUAUGGCGGAGAAGGCAUGUAUGGCGGAGAAGGUUUCUGACUUGUCCCCAGUCAUAAUCGGAGAAGGUGACAUGUAGGGUAUCUGAGAAGUCCACAACAGGAGUAGAGUCUGUGGAAGACUUGGAACACAGUGGGAAGACACAGAUAACAACCAUGUGUCCCUUGGCUUUGGUUCCAUCCCCGUGAUCAUGGUGUAACACCGACGUCUAAAGGGUCCGUUGAAGUUGCACACACAAGGUCGCCAGAGGUGAAGGGACUUGUUGCCAAGCCAGAAUCUCCAAUGGAGAGUACCAUUGGUGUUGUUGAGGAGGCACAGGUUCUGAACAAGGGUUUAUCGUUGGUACCAUUUGGAUCUACUUCAGGCGCUAUAUCGGGGGAAGAUGUAUUCCCCUUGGUAUCUCUUCCUCCAUUAAACAAUAUAGAUGAAUCAUCUUCGGAUUGGGUUUUGCAAAAGGUUAAUGAGAUUCAGCAUAUUGUGGGAAUCUCACAUGGAGGAUGUGAAGACCAGUUUAAAGCUCUAAUCACUGUGAUUCAGGCAAGCCACCGUGAUACCAAAUCAAGCUUCAAGAAAAGCAGGGAGUUGAAGCGUCUUUUUAGUGCAAUCAACUAUGACGCUAAGGGUGGUAGCUCAAGUCGAGGGCACAGAGGUUGAUGUAUGUUGGGAAGUC